UCACCAAAAUAUCAAGACAAAGCAUGUGUAUUUGCACCUAACAUAUAUUUGAAUAACGUGUAAAAAAGGCAAUUUUCAUGCUUUAAAUAUAUUUAACCAGUUUUGAUGACGUAGCAAUUUUUGCAGAAAUGGCGCUGCCUUGUUGCAGUAACAACGUGCACAUCGAGAGAACAAAAAAUGUGUCAAAAGCAGAAUUUGAGGACAAAUAUCUCAGUAAAGGUGUUCCUGUGAUAAUUGAGGAAGCCACUGAUCAUUGGCUGGCUAGAAAGUGGACAUUAGACUCACUUUGUGAGAAAGUUGGUGAUAAUGAAAUAAUUGUCAGAGGACAAACUAAUGAGGAUGCUUACAGGACUGGCAGGAAUUAUGUUAUAAGGAAAACAACCUUUAAUGAUUAUGUCAGUGAUCUAAAAGCAGAAAAUGCAAGAGCACGAAGCUCCUAUAUGGCAGUGCAGAAUCUCAAGCAGACUUUUCCACAGAUUGAGGCUGAUGUUCCAUUGCCAGAUUAUGUGGGAAAACUUCACCUUGGCCCCUAUAUGUGGGUAGCACUGAAAGGACACUAUGAGUUCUGCCAUAUAGAUCCUGAUGACAAUUUCCUGGUUAUGAUACAAGGGAGAAAACAAGUGCGUUUAUUUGGCUGUGAUCUUAGACCAAUGUACCCCAACCCUAAGGGAUCCAAGGGGAAAACCAUACAGGCACAAGUCAACUGUGAUAACCCUGCUUUAGAAAGGUUCCCAGAGUUCAGGAAUGCCACAUGUUAUCAUUGUGUCCUUGACCCUGGGGAUAUGUUGUUCAUACCAGCCUUUUGGUGGCACCAAGUGACAUCUUUGGACACAUCAAUCUCAGUCAACAUUUUCUUUGGAGAUGCUGGAGACAACAAGUACUUUUCUAAAAUAUUGUCUUCCUCCCAGUGGCCAGCUUUUUCCUACUGGUUCCUGAACAUCAUAGAACAGAACCGCAAUCAUGCCUCGUUCCCUCGCAUCUUAGCUCGCCUCCCUGAAGUGCUGCACCAUUUCUUUCUGAAGCAAUGGCAUGAAAUCAUUACACCAGACCAGAUACAGAUCUUAGUACAACUAGUGCUAGAUUACCUCUGCCUAGACAGCUUACCUACUGUGGAAGACAGAUCAAAGUAUCCUCCACCACUUAAAAUUAGAGGUCUUAUGUGGAGGUGAAAGUGUACCCAGUAUAUUCUCUGACAAGUCUGGUCCUUGGAAAGAAAACACUGCUGCUGCUCCAGAUGGAUGUACAUGUAGCUGAGGAAGACAUGGCAUCAGUGCUUAGUGCAAAGCAGUUGUGUACAGGUCACAUCCAAUAGGUUGAGGCUACUAAAUGGAUGUGGGAGGAAAAACACCCAUCACAACUCCAGAGCUUGGUCUUUAACUAGUUAAGAUCCUAGACAUGCUUGACUGGCAGCAUCUUACAAUAAGGGACUGCUUUGGGUAGACUUUGGAUGUAUUUCAGUGAAACUUUUCUGUGAUAUCAGUUAUGACUUAAAGGUAAUAGCAGUGCAAGUGACCAAAAUGUUUAUGGUUAAAAUGUGUGGAUUGAAGAAAGUUAUGGAGAC